UUGGUUCAUCAAGUUCCUGUGUCUUCGGCGUUAAAUCGGUUGCGAUAGCUUUGUAUACAAGUGAGUUUCCUGAUGGUAAAUUUGUCAAAAUAAAUGAAUCCUGUGAACUUUUUGAUCGCUCCAAACCAGUUUUUUUCAUGGUUCAUGGUUUUAUUGCAAAUUCAUCCAGUCAUCACUUUUCUGAACUUGCUUCUGUGUUAAUAAAGAGAGGUUAUACAGUAUUCUCACUAGAUUGGGCUGAUGCAUCGUGUUAUAAUGAUCCAGGCAGCAAAAGUUUAUUGGAACCUAUUUAUUAUCUUUUCGCAAUACGCAAUGCUCACAAAAUUAGUGAUUACUUGACAAGGUACAUCAAAGAGGUAAUCGACAUAUGUCAUGUUUCGUUGAAGAACAUGAUAUUUAUGGGUCACAGUCUGGGCGCGCAUAUAGCUGGCUUCGCCGGAAAGAGCUUUCAGAAAUUGCGUUACGGCAUAUUUCCACUUCUUUUUGGUAGCGAUCCCGCAGCUCCCAUCCUAUUCGCGUUAAAAAGUUGUGAGAACAGAUUUUGCAAGUCUGACGCCGAACGUACAAUAGUUAUUCACGUGUCAAUUCUUGGUAUACAAAAAUCUCUAGGUCACCUCGAUUUGUGGCCCAAUAAUGGAAUAAACCAGCCAGCAUGUGGUGACAAAAUAACCGGUGUUACGAACACCUCGUGCACGCAUAAUAUAGGCCUCCUGUAUCUGCGUAGUACGUUGUUAGAUGAUUGUGUAUUUGAUAGUGUUCCAAUAUCGCCUAGAAAAAUCCCGAUUCCUAACCUUGUGCCCGGUUGUUCUUCCAACAAAACCAACUGCGUUGUUGUGGACAACAGACUAUUUGAGCCUAGCUAUUCUCUAGAGGGAAACUACUGUGUAUCCGUUUCAUCGCAAUCUCCCUUCUGUACGAAGAAAAACGAUAGUUGUAAAAAAUAAGAUGCAGCAAUUCGAUACUUUAAUAUCAUGGUGAUAGAAAAGGAGUUCUCUAAUUGUCAAUCUAAUAAUAAGUAUAAUUUGAUUGAAACACAUAAUUAGUACGAUUAUAUGUAGCACAUAUCUUUAUUGUUAAGGGGGUAUUCUAAUGUGAACGUCCGUUUUUAAAGUGACAUUUGAGAAUUAAUUUUAUAAAAACGGUUAAACCUACAGAUGUAAUGUUUUAUUUUUACAUUUAUACAUAUUUUGAAGUAACAUCUCAAAUUUUUUUAAUGCUUUUUAUUGAGAAUUACACAUGGCACAAAUGGACGCGCAGGUCAUGUUUUGAAAUUCCUCUUCUAUCGGGCGUAGCGAUUGCGGCCGAUCCGUCCUCGUCAUCUCAAAUAAACGAGCUCUUUUUUAUUUUAUUCCUUACAAAUGUGGUUAUCGUUCGACCUACUAAUAAAUAAUUUUAAGAACAAUUGACAAAAUGGCGACGCUUGAAUAAAAGUACUUCGAUUUUUAAUAAAAAAUUUUUAAUUUUUACGGUCCAGAAAAAUAGUAAUUUUAAAGAUAUCAAAAAGUUUGUAGGUCAAACAAUAGCCUAAUAUGUACACUAUAAGUGUGCAAAAAUACAAGUCAAUCGGCCCAGUAGUUUGUGUGAAAAAUAGACGCCCGAUUUGAAAAAUGUCGUUUCGAGAAAAACGCGUUUAAAGUUUCUCAUGCGUUUACAAGGUGGAUAAUGAGUAAUUUCAGUAACUUACCCUUAGUUAUCUAUACCAGGGCCGUACAGGAUACUUUUCUCAGCUAUAUAUAGCACUAUUUGGCUACGUAAAGAAAUACUACCUGACACGCAAAAAAUCUGUCUACUGCAUAGGAUUCACGGGCGACGAGCCGCAUGGACGCGCGCGGGGGCUACGUUUUUAAACCUCUGUAGCUCCGUCAAUUUCAUCUUAAUAUUUUAGAAACACAUUUUCAAGACCCUAAACUAUAAGAAUAUGCAAAAAGAAAAAAAUCGAUUUUUUUGACCGGUCACACUAGAAUACUCCCUUAAAAUCUUUGCACUGUUAUUUCUGAAAAAUAAUAAAGCACUGCAAUUAAAAAGAUUUGUUUGAAGUAA